AUGGCCAAGCGCACUUCCAAACCUAAUGCUUCCCUGUCUCCAAAGCAGGCGUCAUUCCCAACAGUGGGGCAGAAUGUUUCGUUAGCGAGCGAUUGUGUGACAGAUCGCUACGGUUUUUUAAUUGAUCUAGCGAAAAAGGUAGAGGAGGAUAAUUACAUUCGGCGACACCCAGAGAUGCCGGCAAUGCAGUCGAUGUGGGCGAGAGAGUUGGAGCGGUGGGGUUCCGUCUCACACCAGCGAAAGAAAAAGCUCUGUCGAGAAGGCAUCCCACAGUCCAUGCGACGAAUAGUGUGGCCGGUGCUUCUGGAUGGCGGCGAUCGCCAGGGUUUUAGCCGUGACUAUUACCAGACGUUAAAAUUACGUCUGCCAUCAAAUCCAGAGCUAUUCGCUGUUAUUGAACGCGACCUGGGCCGCACCUUCCCAACGCAUAGGUGGUUUGUGAAAAAGGAUGGUGUGGGACAGAGCAAACUGCGGGGUAUUCUUCGUGCCUAUGCCAACGUUGAUCCGGAAAUAGGUUAUGUGCAGGGAAUGGCUUUUUUAGCCUCCACCCUACUGCUGUAUAUUGAGGAUGAGGAGAACACUUUUUGGGCUUUUUUUUCACUUAUGCGCCACCCAAAGUAUUCCAUGUCGGCGAUGUUCAGCGUCGGGUUCCCUGCUCUUUACAUGCGUUUUUACCAAUUAAGUAAACUGAUGCAGAAAAAGUGCAAGUCUUCAUUUCGUCUAAUAGAGAAGUUCCAUGUAACUCCAGAAGUCUACGCGACACAAUGGUUUUUAACCCUCUUCUCGUACCAAUUGGACUUUGGCCUACUCUCGCGCAUUUGGGACAUGUUUCUCUGCGAAGGAUGGAAAAUUAUUUACCGUGUAGCGAUCGCACUAUUUUUGCUUCACAAGAAAACCUUGUGCCAAGCGAAGGAUGAAUGCGAGCUUCUUUUGGCUUUGCGACGCAUGCAUGAGGUGAAGGACACUGAUCUGAUUCUUCGUCGUGCGCUUCAUGUGAAAUUUAAGACGGUGGAGUUGGUCCGUUGGGAGGCGAAGUAUUGGGCUUGCAGAUGA